CCUCGUUUGACUUUGGAUCCUCGCUGAGUUUCUGCACCUGGCUGCAGCAAUAAUACAGCUUCAGAAUGCAGGGUCAGCUAGACAUGGAGGGCGCCCUGACUGCCAGGGACCGCGUGGGAAUCCAGGACUUUGUACUGCUGGAUGAAACCACGGAAGCGGCCUUUCUGAGCAACCUCAAGAAACGCUUCAGCAAGGAUCUCAUCUAUACUUACAUUGGAACGUUGUUAGUGUCUGUCAAUCCAUAUAAAGAGCUGGACAUCUACAACAAGAAGCAGAUGGAUAUCUACAUGGGUGUCAACUUUUUUGAGCUGCCACCCCACAUUUAUGCCUUGGCAGAUAAUGCGUACCACACCAUGCUGACAGAGUUCAACAAUCACUUCAUCCUCAUCUCUGGUGAGAGCGGAGCAGGAAAAACAGAGGCCUCCAAGAAGAUUUUGCAGUAUUAUGCCGUCAGCUGUCCCAGCACCACUCUGCUAAACACAGUCAGAGACAAAAUGCUCAUGUCCAACCCCGUCCUGGAGGCUUUUGGUAAUGCCAAAACACUAAAAAAUGACAACUCAAGCCGAUUUGGGAAAUAUAUGGACAUCCAGUUUGACGGCCAGGGGGACGCUGUUGGAGGCCAUAUCCUGAACUACCUGCUGGAGAAAUCAAGGGUUGUGCAUCAGAAUCACGGGGAGAGAAACUUUCACAUCUUUUAUCAGCUGGUAGAGGGAGGAUCAGACGACUUGCUGCAUCAGCUGGGCUUGGAGAGAGGUUGCCAGCAUUAUAACUAUCUAACACAGGGGCAGUGUGCCAUUGUACAAUCCAUUAAUGACAAAAAUGACUGGAAAACAGUAAAAAACGCACUUCAAAUCAUCAACUUUGAUGAGACUGCCACCAAUCACUUGUUUGAGGUCAUUGCAAGCGUUCUCCACCUGGGGAAUGUGCGGUUUGACUCUGAUAGUAAAGGUCACGCCCUCCUGAACAACAACACAGAGCUGCACUGGGUCUCAAAUCUGCUAGGAGUGGAUGCGCACAGACUCCAAGAGGGCCUAACAUUCAGGAAGAUUGAAGCCAAAAAAGAUCAGGUCCUCAGCCCUUUCACAACUGAUCACGCCAUCUAUGCCAGAGAUGCCUUAGCCAAAGCUAUCUAUGGGCAGACCUUCACCUGGCUGGUCAACCGGAUCAACGAGUCAAUGGAGAACAAAGACCCUUCACGAAAGACUGUUAUAGGGCUUUUGGACAUAUAUGGAUUUGAGGUUUUCUAUGUAAACAGUUUUGAGCAGUUCUGUAUAAACUAUUGCAACGAGAAGCUGCAGCAGCUUUUCAUUGAGCUGACACUUAAAUCGGAGCAGGAAGAAUAUGAAGCAGAGGGCAUUGAGUGGGAGCCAGUUCAGUUCUUCAACAAUAAGAUCAUCUGUGAUCUAAUCGAGGAAAAACACAGAGGAAUUAUAUCAUUGCUGGAUGAGGAGUGUCUCAGGCCAGGAGAUGCCACAGAUCUGACCUUCCUGGAGAGACUGGAAGAAAAGAUGGGGAAUCACCCCCACUUUGUCACGCACAAACUAGCUGACAAAAUGACACGUAAGACUCUGGAGAGGGGAGAUUUCCGUCUCUUGCAUUAUGCCGGGGAGGUCACCUACUGUGUUGUGGGUUUCCUGGACAAAAACAACGACCUACUAUAUAGAAACAUAAAAGAUCUUAUGUGUCAGUCUAAAAAUGACAUAGUCAAAGAGUGCUUCUCAUCCAUGGAUCCAGACAGCAGGAGAAGACCAGAAACAGUGGUGACUCAGUUUAAGAGCAGCCUGCAGAAGCUGACAGAGAUCCUCAUGGCUAAAGAGGCCUGGUACAUACGGUGCCUAAAAUCUAACGAGUCCAAGCAGUCAGGUCAGUUUGAUGAAGCACUGAUCAGGCAUCAGGUGAAGUACCUGGGUCUGAUGGAGCACCUCAGAGUCAGACGAGCUGGUUUUGCUUACAGACGUAAAUACGACGUUUUUUUGAAGAGAUAUAAACCAUUGUGCCCAGCCACCUGGCCACACUGGAGAGGAGUAGCCGCUGAUGGAGUGGAAGUGCUGGUUCAACAUCUGGGCUACCUGCCAGAUGAGUACAAAAUGGGACGGACCAAAAUUUUCAUCCGUCACCCCAGGACACUGUUCGCCACAGAGGAUGCUUAUGAGAAAUGCAAACAUGAACUGGCAACACGCAUCCAGGCGAAAUACAAAGGCUACAGGGCAAAGGGAGAAUACAGAAAACAGAAAGAAGCUGCCACUAAGAUUGAAUCUUGUUGGAGAGGAACGCAGGCUAGGAAGGAAAAGGAGAAGAGAGCCUGGGCGGUAAAAGUCAUCAAGAAAUUUAUCAAAGGCUACAUGACCAGAGGGCAGGCAAAAAACACAGAUAACUCAGAGUACCUGGCCUUCGUGAGGCAAAAUUACCUGAACAGACUUAGAGACAACCUCCCAAAAACCGUUUUGGAUAAAACCACCUGGCUAACUCCACCAGCUGUGCUCACAGAGACAUCAGAGAUGCUGCGUAAGCUUCACUACCGUCUUAUGGUGCGGAAAUAUGUGCGAGGAAUCACACCGCAGAAGAAAGCACAGUUUCAAAUGAAGCUGAUCACCAGCUCCAUCUUCAAGGGGAAAAAGGACAGUUAUCCACAGAGUGUUGCCCAUCCAUUUGCCGACAGCAGAAUCAGUGAGGAAGACAUAAACCCAAGGGUCAUCCAGAUGAUUCGCAACGAGCGUAUAAAGUACUGCGUUCCAGUAAUUAAGUAUGACAGGAAUGGCUUCAAACCGAGGCAGCGACAGCUCAUCCUCACCCAGACAGCUGUCUAUGUGAUAGAGGAAGCUAAGAUCAAGCAGAGAGUGCUGUACACCUCUCUCAAAGGGAUUUCUGUCAGUAACUUGACUGACAGCACCAUUGUAUUCCACAUAACACGUGAAGAACCUAAACAAAAGGGGGAUCUGGUAGUACAGUGCGACCACUUGUUUGAGCUUUUGACCAAACUCUGUGUCAUUGCUAACAAACAAAAUGCCAUCAAGGUGGUUCAGGGCAGCAUCAACUUUGAAAUCCAGGCUGGAAAAGGAGGAGCAGUGGACUUUAGCACUGGGCCUGAGCCCAUGGUAUACAAGGCCAAGAAUGGUCACCUGAUGGUGGUUGCCACUCGGGCAAGGACACGGUAACGUGUGAGGCUGAGGAGGAGACACAUAAGAUGCCUCUGCAUAUUUCAUCAGGAGACCACUAAGGAGAUGAUCACCAUGUCUGCAGGAAACACAUCUGCCCAGAAAGAGAUGAACCUGAGGAAUCUUGGCUGAGCCUGUUUGCUGGACAGAAUUUUACACUAGUCAUAAUCAAAAUUUCUUCACCUCAUUAAGAAAAGAAAGAAGAUGCUAUCAUUUUACAAUUGUUUGUGUCUGAACAACACUUAAAAUGACAAAACUCUUAAGGUACCAAAAACUGAUGCAAUUCUAAUUUUGAACAAUGAAGCCAUAUGUAUAAUAAAUUUGUACGUUCACUGAUGUUGUAAAUUAAAAUCAGCACAAAAGAAUGUCUGUAGAAAUUUAUUUGUGAUAAAGUGUGUAUAAAUAUAAAACAUACAUUUAUGUUUACUUCUGUACAACAGACCUACAAGUACUGUGAUUGUUAAACAUAUAACUUAAACCUAUAGUGUGCAAACGGUACAUUCUGUGAUGAAUGCGAUGAUGAAGGACAGGUCUAAUUUCUAUCCCUGUUAUAAGCUUGUAGACAGGGUUCCCUUCCUGCUAGAGCGAUAUCUAGUUACAGUCAUUCACAUCAACCUCAGCAUCCAUCAUUCAAUCAGCCCAGUACAUUUAACACCUCAGGUCACAGCUCAAGUUCCUUCCACUGAAAAUAAUGAUUUGUUUAGUGGAGUGAAGGGAAACUGCGUCAAUGUUAGAACUAAAUACGGCAGAAGUAUUACAGGGAAUACUGCUUCAUCCACCUGUAAUUUUUACUGUCUAAAUAUAUUAAGAAAAUAUUCAGGAUUAGAAAGCCUUCAUUGCAAUUAUAGACAGGCUACAUUAUAGCCUUGGUUAAUAUCAUCUAAGAGUAAAACAGUGCCACCGUGUGACCUCAUUAAGUACAACACCCGGUUCAUCCACUUGAGACUUUAAAAUGGACCUGUCGGAACCACGGCAAAGAAAAACUAAACUAUCUACAUUACUAGCUGCUUCCAUGACAUAACUCGUCUUCUGCAUGUAAUUUAAUUAGGACAUCCAAUAACAGCUUUACACCGGUAAUAUGGUAUUUUCUUCCUGCUACACACUCAGUGAUGAAUGCAAACAUCCAUGUUCAUGAUCUUCUACACAGUAGCAGAAAACAGUGAUACAAGUUAUCAUGACCAACAAGAAGAGACAAAAAACGAGAUGACAAAGAGGGGG